UCUUUUUUUUUUUUUUUGAAUUAUACAGAGGUAUCCUGGCCCCACAGAAGUGGUCCAGACUAGUCACGUGUUGCCACAUGUCGGUCCUCUGUCCCUGGCGAUGCCGAAAUGUUAAUUCCCCAGUGGCCAGGAUUCGAACCCAGGUGGCGGAACUCACAGCUGUGAACCCUUUACCAACUGAGCUAGAAGCCCCGGUUAGGGGACAAAAUCUUCAAAAAUCAAAAUAACUCCGAUAUCUCGCUAUCAGAAAAAAGAACUCGGACAUCUUAUUGUUCGAUUCUUUGUAACCAUCUUUUCAUGUUAUUAGUUAAUUUGUAUUAUUGAUGAUGUCAAAUGAGUUUCACGUGUUACUUUUGUUCUGCCUAAUUUAAAAUUCUUAUUGAUUUUGCUUUUUCUACGCGAGCCUAACUCGUUCAUUCUUCUAAAUAUCAACCCUUCGAAAUAGACUACUCCACUAGAAGAGUAUACAAAAGUCAAAUACUUUUCUUAGAAGACCUAAUUUUUCAAACACUUCUUCGUUGACCUGUGGCAUCACUCCCUCGUGUAUAAAUACCAUUCCCGUCCUUUGUUACCUCUUCAUCCAAAUACAUUCAUACACAUACAAACACACGCAAGCACACAUUCCCAUACAAAAAAAUGUUUGCACUUUCUCUCCUUUAAAUUCUGGAAAGGCGAUAAAAGAAUGAAUACAUUCAAGAUAUCCAAUUUCGUUGUGGUGGUCCUAGUGGUCUUAGCCAUUGGUUUAACACUUAGCGAACCGCUAAGGGUUGAAGCGAACCACCGAGACAGAUAUGGUCGGUUGAUAGCCUGUACACGGGGGAGAAAAGGUUGGAACCGAAGUGCAGCAAUGACAUGUGACAAAAGCCCCAGAGUAUGUCGUCUCAAAGGCAGUUCAGGCACUGCUUGUUGUCGUGAGAGGUGUGUGGACUUGAGGACCAACAAAUUCAACUGUGGAAGAUGUGGGAAAAGCUGUCAAUACUCGGAGAUAUGUUGCAACGGAUAUUGUGUUAACCCGAUGUUUGAUAAGAGACACUGUGGAGGUUGCUUUAAGAAGUGCAACAAAGGGAGAUGUGCAUACGGCAUGUGCAGCUAUGCCUAUGCUUAAAGAAACAUGAGUGUAUUAAGGUUACUGAGAAAAAAUAUUUGAUUUGUUGGUUUAAAUUGGAUUACAUUCAUAUUACAAUCUGGAACAAAUAAAAUCAUUAUAUCUAGCUUAAUUUUUUUUUGAAAGGUCUUGUAAAUGUUUGUCAUCAUUAUUGUGUUACU